GCCGCCAGCCAGUUGCUCAGUUACUCCCAGUCAGGUGACUUGGAAGAAAAAAAAUUAAUAAUUUGGAAUAUUUACACAAAUUACACAAAUGGGAACCGGCAAGAAGAACUACCAGGCACCGGAGUGGCUCACCGCCGAGUUCCUGCAGGAUGUGCUCAAGGAGCACUUCAAGGAGGAGCAGCUGGUGGUCAGCGAGCUGCUGGUGAAGAGCGCCCAAGUGGGCGACCAGGCGGCGGGAUUUGCCAGCGAGAUGCAUCGGGCCAGCUUUAAUCUGCAAAGAGGCUCGUCACCCAAGAGCAAAUUCUCGGUGAUUAUUAAGGAUCAUCCCAAGGGACAGACUGGAGCAGUGGCCCAGCGCAGCAAGCUCUUCAAGCGCGAGAUUCUGGCCUAUAAGGAGGUAUUGCCGCGAGUGCAGGCCCUCCUCCGAUCCAUCGGAGAUCAAACCAAGAUUGCACCCAUAUGUUACUAUACCACGGAAUCACCGGAACCCUUCCUCAUCCUCGAAGACCUCCAACUAUCCGGCUUUGAGAACUUUGAGAAGGGUCGCCUGCUCAAUCUGGAUUAUGUCCUGCCCACCAUCGAAAAGGUAGCCAAGCUGCAUGCCUGCAGCGCCCUGAUUGCCCAGGAGAGUCCUCAGGUGCUGGAGUUCUUCGACGAGGCCCCCAUUUCCCGCAAUCCAGACAGGCGCGACUUCCUCACCUUCUUCCCCGUGAACAUUCGCUGUGUGGCCGAGGAGGUGGCCCACUGGAAGGGCUACGAGGAGAUCACCGAGAAGAUGUUUAAGCUGGCGGAGAAUGUGUUGCAGAAUGCACUGGCCAUGUUCGAGGCCACGGGCAAGGAGUUCCGGGUGUUUAACCUCACGGACUUGUGGAUUAAUAACCUAAUGUUCCACGUGAACAAUGAGACCAAGGAGCCAGAUGAUGUCAUUGCGUUGGACUACCAGCUGUCCUAUGUGGGAUCUCCAGCUAUCGAUCUCAACUACUUUCUUUAUGGCUCCCUAAAUGAGAACGUUCGCAAGGUUCACUUUAAAUUCAUUGUCAGGGAGUAUCAACGGGUACUCCAGGAAACCCUUCAGAAGCUCAACUAUCAGGGACACAUUCCCAGCCUGAAGGAGAUCCACAUCGAGCUUAUUAACACCAGUUUAAUGGGUGUCAUUGGAGCCACUUGUCUGACCCCCCUGAUCUUCCGUGAGGGCGCUGGUUUCGAGAACCUGGAGGAUCUGAAUUCGCGCACGGAGAGCGGUGAUCAAUUCCGCCGUGAAAAUGUAGAGAAUCCCAAGUACAGAGCCUUCUUGCAGAAAACCAUCAAGGAGUUUGAACUAUCGGGAUUCCUGGAUUUUUAAGACAUAGAGAACAUUAUACAUUCUAUAGAAAGUAUUGCGGUCUUCCACUUAAAAGUAAGCUGUGUUAUUCCAUGAGUAUUUCAGACACACAAAUAAAUACGCAAACAUUGUUAAUUUGUUUUAUGAACAA